AUGCAAGAAACCUACACCUUCGAACUAAGCACCAUCACCCCCACCCAACAGGUGGUGAUUGUCGCCCCGGAGACCCGCGAACUGGCCACCCAGACCUUCGACUGGGAGAUCCUGGAGAACCGCCUGCGGGCCGUCUUCCAGAAGCUGCGGGAGAUGCGGCCGCAGGCGCCGCUCUUCCACGGGAUCAUUCGCGCCUUCGAGCAUGUGCGGUGCUAUCGCGAGCUGGCCCCGGGGGAGACAGGCACUGGCCGAGCGGUGUAUCGGUACGAGUUCGACGGAGAGCCCUCGCUGGACUGCGUGCUGGACAUCGAGACCCUGUAUUGCUGGUUGGUGCGGCUGCCGCGGGGUUGCCCGUUGAGGCUGGAUGAUUUCCCCUGUGCGACGAUGGCGGCGCUGGCGUUGGAGGUGCGGUUUGGGGGCACGUCUUCGGUUGUGUAG